CAGUUGAAUAGCAAAUUGGUCCAAAUUAUUGAAAGGAAAAAAGCCUUGGGAAGAGGAGGAGUAGGAGACCGGAGGAGGGGGCAGCAACAAUCCUUUUCCCUUCCCAGAUGGUGAGAACAGUGCCGAUCGCAUCACAUUCCGCGGAGCGUUCCCAGUCGUCCUAUGGUGAAGUGCCAUCGCUCUAAUCAAAAACAAACGGAGCCGCAGCUUUCGCUUGCGCUCAACUCAGCUCCAGUACGGAACGUCCAUCCUUGGCUGUGCGAGGUCUCCGUCUGGCCGAUAUUCGGUGGCGACGGGGCCUUGAACGAUUGAACUGUGGUUAAUUGAAGAAGCGGGAGAAGUAAAUAUUAGCACACCACUCAAGACGAAGUUACUAUGGAGAAGCGCAGGGAGGCGGGAGUCUAACGUGGAUAGGGGGCACAAAUCAAAUCAAAAGAUUUACUAUUCGGAUUAAUACAAUUUUGAACACUUCAUUUUGAGAGGGAUUUUCAUCAGAUUUUCUGGCUAUUAUCACACGCAAGCAUGAACGGAAAGGAAGCGAGGUUUUGCACGGGAUGCUGGAGGCUACUGCUGCUGUCAAGCAUUCUGGUUCUACACUUGAUUCCCCUCUUUGUACAUGGGAACACUCUGGGGGCCAAUGUCACUGAGUUGGACACCACAGCCAAUGUGACAUCCCUGCCCAGUAAGGUCGAAGAAGCGGCCAAAGUGAAUGAUGUCGUUACCAAAGUGACCUGGGUCAGCAGCUCAGUCAGCCCCAUCUUCACAGUGACCCAGAGGCCCGGCCACAUGCCCCGCUCCGAGGAGGAGCAAGGCAGCGGCAUGCUGGGAGAAGGGGUGUUGCCAGCCGAGGAGGAGGUGGUGGCCCCGCCCAGGAUCAGUCCUGACUCAGCAGAGACAGAGCUCCUGCUGCCUAGCAACCCCCGUGGCACGGAGCAGGAAGAGGAUGAAGAGGAGCACACCGACCCACCGUGGCUGAACGCCAGAGACAACGUCUUCGACCUGGACCGCCACUUCCAAGAAGGAGUAGCCAAUCUGGCCACCACCACUGCCCCUCCCCCCGCCGCCGCUAACCCCUCUCGCCCGGACGUCCUCACCGUGGACUUCUUCGACCCCGCCUCUCGCGGCCGUGGCCUGGACCUAGCCCCGCCCUCUCCCUCCUCUUUGGCCCACGAGCUCCAGGGUGGCGACCCCACUUCCUGGGCCAUGCCAGACAACUACGACUACCUCACGCCGUACGAAGACGGUGCGCCCACCCCUGAUGAGUACUCCUACAGCACCACUACUGAUACCUUGGAUGGGGAUGACGACUUGAGGCUAACUGCCAUGCCUCCAUCGCGCUCCAGGCCCAGGGCUCCCCCAGGCUCCGGCUCCUUCACCCCAGACAAGAGGCUGCCCAGUGGAGGUGCUGCUGCUGCUCCAGAGGGCCCUGCGGCAGCCCCUCCAGCGUUACCCGUGGAUGGCUCAGACAGAGCCGGUGGCUGCCGCCAGGGUUACGUGAAGCAGAAUGGAACCUGUCGCUCCCCCUGUGACACACUGCCCAGCUACUGCUUCAACGGAGGCCAGUGCUACCUACUGGAUGGCAUGGGGGUCUUCUGCAGGUGUAAUGUCCAGGACUACAUCUGGCACAAGGGUUCCCGCUGUGAGUCGGUGGUGACAGAGUUCCAGGUGCUGUGUCUGACCAUCGGGGCGUCGGCCCUCAUGGUGCUGCUGCUUUUCAUGAUCAUCGUCUGCUUCGCCAAGAAGCUCCACGUGCUCAAGACCGAGAACAGCAAGCUGCGCAAACGCAGCAGUAAGUACCGGCCUCCAUCGGAGCAGCACAAUGAUAAUUUCUCCCUGUCCACCAUCGCUGAGGGCUCCCACCCAAAUAAAACCAUGAGCAGAUACACCUGGGAGUGUAAGACCAAAGAGGAGCCCGACAGUGAGUUUCACGCUGACGGAAGGAAAGAUGGCCCCUAUCCUGUAACCAUGGAAGUGACGUAUCCCCACGUCCUGCCCGAAGUUACUAUCUAGGCCAUCAGCCAAUGGGUAAAUGCUCUCGCCAUCCCUUUUGUGUGCCAUUGAAUAACAAGCAUUCAGCUCUGUUUCGUAAUGGCACAGCCCUCAGGGUCUGCAGUGCGCGUGCCUGUGCCUGUGCCUGUGUGUGUGUGUGUGUGUGUGUGUGUGUGUGUGUGUGUGUGUGUGUGUGUGUGUGUGUGUGCGUGUGUGUGCGUGCGCGUGCGCGUGUGCGUGCCUGUGUGUGCGUGUGCCUGUGUGUGUGCACGUGCCUGUGUGUGUGUGUGCGUGUGUGUGUGUGCUUGCGCGUGUGUGUGACUGUGUGUAUAUGCGUGUGUGUGACUGUGUGUAUAUGCGUGUGUGUGACUGUGUGUAUAUGUGUGUGUGUGUGUAUAUGUGUGUGUGUGUGUGUAUAUGCGUGUGUGUGUGUAUAUGCGUGUGUGUUUGUAUAUGUGUGUGUGUGUGUGUAUAUGCGUGUGUGUGUGUAUAUGCGUGUGUGUGUGUAUAUGUGUGUGUGUGUGUGUAUAUGCGUGUGUGUGUGUAUAUGCGUGUGUGUUUGUAUAUGUGUGUGUCUGUCAGUCAGCCUGAGCACAGGCAGACACUUCUACCUCAACACAUCAGGGUCGAUGAAGCUAUGCAAUAUUCAUGAGGAUAACAGGCUAGGAAUAUCAGGUUCAAAUGAAUGCCAAUCCAUUCUUGUUCUUGACCUUAAUUAAAUGCAGCCAAAAGGAUGAAUUGAAGUGAAACAGAGUUGUCUCCUAAUGCAUUGUUUUUCCAGCUCCAGCUGUACUGUAGGUAUGUAUGAAGGUGGUUCCACAGACAAUGUGUUUAAUGCCAAUGAGGGCACAGCUCAUUGUGUUUUAAUUGGGACAGUAGCGAGGUGAAGGGGGCUGGA